CCGAAAGGUUUGAGGUCUUGCUUUUCACUAAUCUUAUCUAGUGUGCCCUAGAAAAAAAAUGGAGAAAGAUUACUGUGUUACGCAACUCAUCGAUGGCAAUGGUGAAUUCAAUGCUUCUGGGAUCAACAACUUCACAAAGGAUGUCAAGUUUGCUGCGUCCGGAGAAUCCUAUGCCGUCGUUGCCGUCAUGGGUCCUCAGAGCAGUGGGAAGAGCACUUUGAUGAACCAUCUUUUCCACACCGACUUCAAGGAGAUGAAUGGCAAAGAAGGAAGGAAGCAAACAACAUUGGGCAUUUGGAUAGCCAAGUGCGUUGGCAUCACGCCUUACACGAUCGCCGUGGAUUUGGAGGGCAGUGAUGGCAGGGAGAGAGGCUCGCAUGAUACCGCAUUCGAGAAACAAAGUGCUCUAUUUGCACUAGCAGUUUCAGACAUUGUUCUGAUGAAUAUGUGGUGCACUGAAAUUGGUCGAGAGCAGGCUGCAAACAAACCUUUACUAAGAACAGUCUUCCAGGUUAUGAUGAGCUUAUUCGGCCCCGGCCGUAAGAAGACACUACUGUUUGUUGUACGUGAUAAAAUUCCAGAGACCCCGUUAGAUAAGCUCAAGGCUACUUUAUUGGAAGAUAUUCACAAGAUAUGGGAUGAAGUUCCGAAGCCCCAUGAACAUGAAAGUACCCAUCUCAGUGAAUGUUUCAGGGUAGAAGUAGUUGCUAUGUCCCAUUACGUCUACGAGAGGAAGAAGUUUGAGGAGGAGGUUGCUGAACUGAGGCAGCGUUUUUCCAACUCUAUUUCUCCUGGAGGGCUUGCUGGUGGUGAUAGAAGAGGUGUUGUCCCCGCAUCAGGAUUUUCUUUCAGUGCGCAGCAAAUUUGGAAACAAAUCAAAGAGAACAAGGACCUGGAUCUUCCUUCUCUCAAUGUUAUGGUUGCAAACUUUCGGUGUGAUGAUAUUGCGAAACAGAAAUUUGAUGAGUUGACCAAAAAUCAGGAUUGGUUGAAAUUGGAGGAAGCUGUCAAAAGUGGUCCUGUGAAAGGUUUCGGUGAAAGGCUCAGCUUAAUUCUGGAGACAUGUUUUAAUGAAUAUGAGAUAGAGGCCAAAUUCUUUGACGAAGGUGUAAAGAACACGAAACGACAUGACGUAUUGGAGAAAAGAGCAUAUGAGUUUGUGCAACCUGCCUAUACUACCAUGCUCGAACACAUACGUUCUAAAGCAUAUAAAGAGUUUGAAGCGAGAUUGACUGAGGCAUUAGCCAAAGGAGAAGCAUUAGUUGCAGCUGUUGAGACCCUUACUCGGGCUUCUAUUACUGAGUUUGACCAAGGAUGUGCAGAUGCUGCCAUAAAACAAGCUGUUAAGUGGGAUUACUCAAGCAUUCGGGAUAAACUCCGAUCUGAUAUAGAAGCACGUGUGCAUUGUGUUUAUAAUGAUAACAUCAUUGCAGACUUGAAAAGAAUGAAUCUGGAAAAUAAGGAGGAAGCUCAGAAGCAGAUAGACAGGUUGAUAGAAUUGCAUCAACAAGACCAAGAAACAAAUGCCAGACAGAUGGAGCAACUGAAGGAACUAAACAGUAGGGGGCUACUUUAUUUUAUUCGACAGUUGUUCGACGAUCCGAACGUAAAAAUUCUUGCCACCUUAGUGAAUCCUGAAUUGGGUGCGGCACUGGAGGUUGGAAAUCAAAUUCUUAAAGUGACUGAUCAGAUUAAGCUGUAGAGGAGCAAAGACGUGACGACCGUCGGGGCUAAUUUCCUGUUUUGGUUUCUGGGGUGUGUGCACAAUUUUCUAUUCCGUCUUCGGGAAGAAAGUUUGAAUAAGAUGUGUGUUUCCAUUGUUCAUCUAUUUGCUAGUUCCCUAGGGUUUACUGCUACCAUGUAAACCCCGCAACAGUAAUUGCGGAAGUGUUGUACUAUUGUAUUUAUUACUAAUAAAA